AUAGAAGUGAACAUUCGCAACUGUCGUGCCUUGUCCGAAAUUUCUUCCGAAGCAAAGCCGUUUCGUUUGCUCUGCCUCGCCGGAUCGAGCGGCAUGGUGAAGACCGGCGAACCGAACGGCGCCGGGGGCGGCGGCGAAGACGACGGCCGCCGCGACGCGCGGCGGGUCGCGAGGUUCGACGGGAAGCGCGCCUUUGUGGGGGCGGGCGCGAGGAUCUUGUUCUACCCCACACUCCUGUACAAUGUGCUGAGGAACAAGCUCCAACCCGAGUUCCGAUGGUGGGAUGAAGUCGACGAGUUUCUUUUGUUAGGCGCAGUUCCAUUCCGCAAGGAUGUUCGGCGGUUGAAGCGGCUUGGUGUUGAUGGUGUCAUCACUCUCAAUGAACCUUACGAAACCUUGGUUCCAUCGUCGCUUUAUCGUGAUUAUAAAAUUGAUCACUUGGUGAUACCUACAAGAGACUAUCUUUAUGCUCCUUCUCUUGAUGAUAUUGACCGGGCGGUGGCCUUUAUUUAUAGAAACGCAUCUUGUGGCCGAAAAACUUAUGUUCACUGCAAAGCUGGGAGAGGAAGGAGCACAACAGUUGUGCUCUGCUAUUUGGUGAAGCAUAGACACAUGACUCCUAGUGCCGCCCUGGAAUUUGUGCGUUCUAGAAGGCCCAGAGUGCUGCUAACUUCCUCUCAGUGGAAGGCAGUUCAAGAGUACAGCAAGCAAAGGCCAGUCACUGCAGUCGGCUGUUCCCUUGAAGAUGCAGUAACCACUACAGAUGCUGAUAUGGAAGGGAAUUGUGGGAUUUCUGAUGGUCAUUUUGGCAGGCAGAACACGGAUGCUCCUAAGGUGAGAAUCGGUAGCCCUGAGAUUACAAAGCUGUCUUGCCUUUGUGCUUCUUUGAGGGUUUGUGGUACUUGUGGACCAGUCGUUGGGCAGACACCGGUGCCUGAGGCGCAUGCUGGCUAAUUGCCAACCUGUGCUCAGCAUGGUCCUGCGUAGCUUGUACAGGGUUAAACUGUAAACUAAGCGAUCUUGUCUGGUUCCCUUGUAUCCGAUAUCUUUCACAUUGAUUGAAGUCACAGAUGACGGCCCAAUGGGAUGCAUUUCUGUUUCCGAAUAAAGAAAUGUAUCCGUUUCCACAA